AUGGAUGAGAAAGAGAUUCCAAGGAAGUUGAGUGAGGAAGAAGAAACCAAAAGUUUGAUCUCAUCACUUCCUUCAGACACAGAUUGCUAUGGGAUCAAGAUGUUCAAGUACCAAGGAUGUUGGUACGACAAACACAUUCUCCAAUCAAUCCUCAACUUCCAGAGAAGUUUUCAGACACAAGAAACCGAUAUAAUCGUUGCUUCUUUCCUUAAAGCCGGCACGACUUGGCUCAAGGCACUCACAUUCACAAUCACUCAAAGAUCUAAACAUCUUUUGGAUGAUGACGAUGAUCAUCCUCUUCUAUCUCACAACCCUCAUGAACUUGUACCGUUCCUCGAGUUCGAUCUGUAUCUCAAAACCACAACACCGGAUUUCACCAAGUUCUUAGCAUCAUCAUCCUCUCCAAGAGUGUUCUCAACUCACAUGUCGUUUGAUGCGCUUCAAGUACCCAUGAAGGAGUCUCCAUGCAAGAUCGUGUACGUGAGCAGGAACGUGAAAGACGUGUUGGUGUCGCUUUGGCAUUUCAACAAGUCACACAAGGGAGUAGCAUGGGGUGGAGAAAAGAAUGAUGUGGAGAGAUGCACACUCGAGGAUUUGUUCGAGUCUUUUUGUUCCGGAGUUACCUUCUUUGGUCCCUUCUGGGACCAAUUGUUGAGUUAUUGGAGAGGAAGCUUGGAAGAUCCUAAGCACGUGCUUUUCAUGAGGUACGAGGAGUUGAAAGAAGAACCUUAUGGCCAGAUCAAGAGACUUGCUGAGUUCUUGGAAUGUCCUUUUACUGAGGAGGAAGAACAAAGUGGAAUGGUUAAGAAGAUCUUGGAGCUUUGCUCGCUGCGUAGUCUAAGCGGAUUAGAAGUCAACAAAACAGGGAGAACGUGGACAGGAGUGGAUUUGAAGAGUUUUUACCGUAGAGGUGAAGUUGGUGACUCGAAGAACUAUCUGACUCCUGAAAUGGAGACAAAACUCGACAUGAUCAUCGAGGAGAAACUUGAAGGUUCGGGUUUGAAGUUCUAG